AGAGGAGGAAAAAAAAAAAAGGGAUGGGACCAAUCGGGACGGGACGGGAAGAGAAAGGAUAAGACGGGGAGAGGAGCCGCCAGGAUGCCCCGGCGGCGGGCAGUGCCCACGCUGGCCUCGCUGUGCCUGCAGAGCCUGGCCCAGCACAUGCAGAGCUUCUGGGCCAAGGACUACAGUGACAACUACCUGGACGAGUACGAGUUCCGCUUCCUCGUGGGCCCCUUCAACGACCUGGCCUGCGGGCUGGUGCAGGAGCUGCUGCGGCUGCUGGGGAGCAGCCGGCGCCUGUCGCGUGCAGCCCUGCACCUGCUGCUGCUGCCCCACCUGCGCCAGCUCAGCCUGCGCCACUGCCCCUCCCUGGCCAACAACGCCCUGGGCCACCUCGUCGUCCUGCGCUGCCAGGGCCUGAGCUCCCUGGACCUGGGGGGCUGCGGGCGGCUGUCCCCGGCCGUGCUGGUGGACGUGGCCGAGGGGCUGCCCCGGCUGAGCCGCCUGGGGCUGGCACACACGCAGGCCAACGUGCAGGUGCUGUCGGCCGUGGGCUCCUGCUGCCGCCUCCUGCGGGAGCUCGACGUGUCCGGCUGCAGGAAGGUGACCCCCCGCGCCCUGCGGCACCUGGGCUACGACCCCCUGGCACAGACCCCCGGCUGCCCCGCGCUGCGGGUGCUGCUGGCCCGCGACCUGGAGCCCGACGGCGACGGGGACGGGGUGGCCGCCGUGGCCUUCCUGCUGCUGGCCCUGCCGCUCCUGGAGGUGCUGGCACACGGGGCCGUGCCGGACGCGCUGCGCCUGCUCCAGGCGGGGCAGCUGGACGGCACCGCCGGCCCCGAGGGCUUCCCGGCGCUGCGGGAGCUGGCGCGGGGCCGGGGAGCGGUGCCGGGGGGGCCCCCGCUCACCCUGCCCCUGCGGCAGCUCGAGGAGCUGGAGGAGGACGCCCUGGGCGCCGUCCACGCCGUGUGUCCCCGGGCCGAGGAGCUCAGCGUGUGGCUGGGGGACGGGCCCGGCCCCGCGGGGCUGCGGGAGCUGCGGGGCUGGGAGUGCCUGUCCCGGCUGACGCUGGGCUGUGCCGGGCAGCGCGGCCGGGCGCUGGCAGAGGUGCUGCCGCUGGCGGAGGCCCUGGGCACCCGCCUGCGCGCCCUGACCCUGCACGGCUUCAGCUGCCCGGACCCGCUGUCGCUGCCC